AUGUACAGUUUCAUGGGAGGAGGCUUGUUCUGUGCUGGUGUGGGCAAUAUCCUACUAGUUGUUUCCACAGCAACGGAUUACUGGAUGCAAUACCGCCAUUCUGGCAGUUUUAUGCACCAGGGAUUAUGGAGAUAUUGUGUGCCAGGAAAAUGCUAUCUGCACACUGACAGCGUUGCUUACUGGGAUGCCACACGAGCAUUUAUGAUCUUGUCCCUCCUGGCGGGCAUCAUUGGCAUCAUUAUUGGCAUCAUGGCAUUUAUGCAGUACUCUUCUUUCAACAAAUUUGAUAAGACGUUCGCUGCAGGUGUAUUGUAUUUUAUUUCAUGUUUGUUUGUGUUGCUAGCCAUGGCCAUUUACACAGCUGUCACCGUGAACUAUUAUGGUAAACGGUAUGGCCAUUGGCGCUUCUCUUGGUCUUAUAUCGUUGGAUGGGUGGCUGUGGUGCUCAACUUCUUUGCAGGUAUCUUCUACAUGUGUGCCUAUCGUAUGCAUGAGAGCCCACAAAGCUCAAAUUCUCGCUAA